GCAUGCGCAUUCGGCACUGAUCCCAGGAGAGGAGAGGAACCCGAGGCUCUCACACACCGGAGAGACCCCCUCCUUCCCCCUCACGUUAUUACUGUAGUAGAAGCCCCCCUCUGUGUUACCUGCACCCUCCCGGCUCACCAUGGUGGACUAUCACAUGACCGGCGGCGGGGCUCCAACCGGCCUGAUGCAAGAUGGCAGAUACAUGCAGCAAGAGGAUGACUGGGACCGGGACCUGCUGCUCGACCCGGCCUGGGAGAAACAGCAACGCAAGACUUUCACGGCUUGGUGUAACUCCCACCUGAGGAAGGCUGGCACUCAGAUCGAGAAUAUCGAUGAGGAUUUUAGGGAUGGGUUAAAACUUAUGUUACUCCUGGAAGUUAUUUCAGGAGAGCGUCUUCCCAAACCAGAACGAGGAAAGAUGAGAGUUCACAAGAUCAAUAACGUAAAUAAAGCAUUGGACUUCAUUGCAAGCAAAGGAGUGAAGCUGGUCUCCAUUGGAGCUGAAGAAAUUGUGGACGGAAAUGCAAAGAUGACCUUAGGAAUGAUCUGGACCAUUAUCCUUCGCUUUGCCAUUCAGGAUAUUUCUGUGGAAGAAACAUCUGCAAAAGAAGGCUUAUUGCUCUGGUGUCAGAGAAAGACUGCGCCUUAUAAGAAUGUCAAUGUACAAAACUUCCACAUCAGCUGGAAGGAUGGCCUUGCCUUUAAUGCCUUGAUUCACAGACACAGACCAGAGCUAAUAGAAUAUGAUAAACUGAGAAAGGAUGACCCAGUCACUAACCUGAACAAUGCCUUUGAGGUGGCUGAGAAGUAUCUGGAUAUUCCAAAGAUGUUGGACGCUGAAGACAUAGUCGGCACCGCUCGUCCUGAUGAGAAGGCUAUCAUGACAUAUGUGUCCUCUUUCUACCACGCCUUCUCAGGAGCCCAGAAGGCCGAAACAGCAGCCAACAGAAUCUGCAAAGUCUUGGCCGUGAAUCAAGAGAAUGAGCAUCUAAUGGAAGAUUACGAGAGACUGGCCAGUGAUCUCUUGGAGUGGAUUAGUCGUACAAUCCCAUGGCUGGAAGAUCGUCAGCCAGAGAAGACCAUGCAAGAUAUGCAGCAAAAACUUGAAGAUUUCCGAGACUAUCGCCGUGUGCACAAGCCACCAAAGGUCCAGGAGAAAUGUCAACUGGAGAUAAACUUUAACACUCUACAGACCAAGCUGAGGCUCAGUAACAGACCGGCCUUCAUGCCUUCUGAAGGGAAGAUGGUGUCGGACAUUAAUAAUGGUUGGCAGCAUUUGGAGCAGUCAGAGAAAGGUUAUGAAGAAUGGCUCUUGAAUGAAAUUCGUAGGUUAGAAAGGCUGGAUCACUUGGCUGAGAAAUUUCGCCAGAAAGCAUCUAUACAUGAAUCCUGGACAGAGGGUAAAGAGGCUAUGCUGAAUCAAAAGGAUUAUGAGACUGCCACUCUUGCAGAAAUCAAGGCUCUGCUUCGAAAACAUGAGGCCUUUGAAAGUGACCUGGCAGCCCACCAGGACCGAGUGGAGCAAAUUGCAGCCAUCGCACAGGAGCUGAACGAACUCGAUUAUUACGACUCUCCCAGUGUAAAUGCUCGUUGCCAAAAGAUCUGUGACCAGUGGGACGUGUUAGGCUCUCUGACACACGGUAGACGGGAAGCCUUAGAGCAAACAGAAAAGCAUUUGGAAACCAUAGACCAGUUGUAUCUGGAAUAUGCAAAAAGAGCAGCACCUUUCAACAACUGGAUGGAAGGAGCAAUGGAGGACUUGCAGGAUAUGUUUAUUGUGCACACCAUUGAAGAGAUUGAGGGACUUAUUGCAGCCCAUGAGCAGUUUAAAUCUACUCUGCCUGACGCUGACCGUGAGAGAGAAGCCAUUCUUGACAUCCAGAGCCAAGCUCAGAAGAUUGCAGAUUACAACAACAUUAAGUUGUCUUCCGGCAACCCCUACACCUCAGUCACUCCACAGACCAUUAAUUCUAAGUGGGAAAAGGUCCAGCAGUUGGUUCCUAAGAGAGACAAUGCCCUGAAAGGAGAGCAAGACAAGCAGCAGUCCAACGAGCACCUACGUCUGCAGUUUGCUAACCAAGCAAAUGUGGUGGGACCUUGGAUUCAAGCAAAGAUGGAGGAGAUUGGAAGAAUCGCCAUUGAAAUGCAUGGUACUCUGGAGGAUCAGAUGAGCCACCUAAAGCAGUACGAACAGAGCGUCAUAAAUUACAAGCCCAACAUAGACAAACUGGAGCAGCAGCAUCAACUCAUCCAGGAAGCUCUGAUCUUCGAUAACAAGCACACGAACUUCACUAUGGAGCAUAUUCGUGUUGGUUGGGAACAUCUGCUCACCACUAUUGCAAGGACCAUAAAUGAGGUGGAAAACCAGAUCUUAACCCGUGAUGCCAAGGGAAUCAGCCAGGAGCAAAUGCAUGAGUUCAGAGCAUCAUUCAAUCACUUUGACAAGGAUCAUACGGGUGCCCUGGGACCUGAAGAAUUCAAAGCUUGUCUCAUCAGUCUGGGCUAUGAUGUGGAAAAUGAGAGACAGAAGAGAAUUUCUUCUCUGGACGCUGAUGACUUUCGAGCUCUCCUUAUAUCUACGGGAUACAGCUUGGGUGAUGCAGAGUUUAACCGUAUCAUGGCCAGCGUCGACCCCAACAAUUCAGGCAUGGUAACCUUCCAAGCAUUCAUUGACUUUAUGUCAAAAGAGACCACUGACACAGACACUGCUGACCAAGUUAUUGCAUCCUUCAAGGUCCUUGCUGGAGAUAAGAAUUUCAUCACAGCGGCAGAGCUGCGCCGGGAGUUGCCGCCAGAUCAAGCAGAGUAUUGCAUCUCUCGUAUGGCUCCCUACAAUGGUCCUGAUGCAGUGCCUGGAGCACUGGAUUACAUGUCCUUUUCUACUGCAUUGUACGGCGAGAGUGACCUUUGAGCUUGAUGGGGAUGAAAUCAACACUGCCCUACCACCCUCCAUCAGCUACUAAUGUCUUAGCUGCAGAAGGGGAGAAGCGCCAGAUGGUCAGGGGGAGUUGGGUUCACUAGUAUCCCCCUGUCAAGGGGGAGAGGGAGGGGAUCACAUUAGCUUUCGUUCCCUUUGCAAGGAGGGAGGAUAAGGCAGAGCAGAAGCUGCAGGACCACUCCUCCCCCCUUUGCAAAGCUAUCUAUGCAAUGGCUAAGGGGCAGGGGUGCUUCCAUACACAGCUGGCACAUAGACUGCGCUUCUGGGUAACCUUUUUUCAUACUUCGCACCUUGUACAGUUCUCACAAACCCCUCUCUCCCUUCCUUGGGUUAUUUAUUCCUGGCCUACAAAUCCCUGCGAGAGGCAUGUGGUCCGUGCCUGCGCAGUACAGUACUAACGUCUUUUUUGCUUUCAGUUUCAUAAUGCAAUGACCUCACAGUGAGGUCCUAGCAUAGAGGGCUCCGCACUGCAGGCAGGGGAGAGAUCCAUAAUAUUGGGGGGUGCUUUACGUCCUCCAGCUGUUUUACCAUAAAUAUUUUAAGAGGGGGCACACCAGUCUAUUAUAUACUGAACAGAGGCGGCUGGUAUGAAAUUCUCGGAUCUGUUACAAGACCUGACAGGCCAGAAAGAGAAAUAAUUACUUCAUUCCACGUAACACUCACUUCAUUCCCGAUGCUUUCUCCCUCACGGACUAAACACGAAAACGGAUCAUUCCAUAUCACGAUUUGCAUGACCUUUUGGUGAUGGUCGCCCAUUGCUGGGUUGCACCCCCUUUUGUAUUCUGUAUAUUCUCAUCAGAUCAUGAAAGCGCUCUAUUCCUUGUCUUGAUACUUUCUAAGCCCUAUAAUGGUUUUUAGUGUUUUUUUUUUUUUCCCCUGAGGACCAAAAACAAAUUAUAAUAAAAUAAAACUUUAAGAGGGUUACUAUUUACUUAAUUUAGGGGAUUUAUGAUAUAAAUAUAUAUACACCUAGCAAAACCUAUAUUUGCAGUUUUUUUUCUUGUCUUCUAAAUAAUAAAAGAAAAGGUUGCUGAUUGUUUGUUUAUCACGAGGUCUGUAACAUUCCUUCUCAUCUUUUUAUACCAGCGGCCCACCAGGAGAAAUGUCAGGGGGCAGCAUCUCUUUCUAUCAUUCCUGCACCUCCUACAACUCCGUACAGAACAAUAAAAGUAAUAUUUUUAAG